AUGGGUGUGGAUGGAAGUAACAGCACCUUCAAUAUCUCCUACACCAACUUCUUCUUGGUGGGUUUCCCGGGGUUACAAGAAUGGCGGUCCCCCCUGGUCCUACCUCUUGCCAUCCUCUAUGUGACCAUCAUUUCUGCGAACGCCCUGGUCAUCCACACGGUCGUGACCCAGCGGAGCCUGCACCAGCCCAUGUAUGUGCUCAUCACCUUUCUGCUGGCUACCAACAUCUGUGCUGCCUCCACGGUGAUGCCCAAGAUGCUGGAGGGCUUUGUGCAUUACACCAACCCCAUCUCGCUGCAUGGCUGCUUGGCCCAGAUGUUCUUUAUCUACUUCACCCUCCUUCUGGACUACAAUCUCCUGCUGGCCAUGGCCCUGGACCGCUAUGUGGCCAUCUGCCACCCACUCCGCUAUACUGACCUGAUGACCUCCCGCCUGCUGGGCCUGCUGGCCAUUCUUGCCCUGACACGGAGCCUGGGAGUAGCAGUGCCCUUGGUGGUGCUCACAUCACGAGCACAGUUCUGCCAGACACCCGUGAUUCGGCACUUCACUUGCGAGUACAUUGCACUGCUGAGCAUAGCUUGUGGGGACCUGACCUUCAACAACAGUCUGGGACUCGCUAUGCGUUUAAUCACAGUGACCUUUGACCUGACCCUGCUGGGCGCCUCCUACACUCGAAUCAUCUAUGCUGCCUUCAGGAUCUCCUCUGGGGGAGCCCGGGCCAAGGCCUUGAACACGUGUGGCUCCCACUUGCUCGUCAUCCUCACCAUCUACCUCUCUGGUCUCUCCACUUCCAUUGUCUUCCGAGUGGCCAAGACUGUAUCUCAGGACGUCCAGAACCUGCUCAGUGCCAUCUACUUACUGCUCCCAGGAACUUUGAAUCCUGUCAUUUACGGAGUGAGGACAAGAGAGAUCCGGCAACAUGUAGAAAAGAAGCUCUGUGGGAAAGAAUCGCCUAGGAGGUUGGGGGAAAGCCAGAGGUUGCAGAACAUGAGUCGAAGGGACCCUGUCAGAGUUAUAGGACUUUAUCACCUUGGAAACUGA